AUGCUUCCUGUCUCUGGUACUAUUAAUAUGAUUGUUUUUUCUCUCACUCAUUCUUCAACAAUUUUUGAAGAACUAUGCAUUAUUUCAUCACGAAUCGUCGAUUGGAAUUCGAAUGUUAAUUCAACUGCACAUCACAAGUUACUUACACUGACUACUGUACGUUCUAUUACUAUUUCGCCAGUAGAUCGUGGUGCUAUUCUUACUCUCGAUUUCUUUCGUUGGAUGGUAAUAUCAUUUCCACGACUUCAUUGCUUGAAACUUGUACGAAGAUAUGAUAUGAAGUGGCAACUUGAAGAUGAAACUAUUUCGUAUCCCGUAUUUGAAACUGUUCGAAUUCUCUGUUUUCAAGGACUAUUCUCUUGUCAAUUAAUUCGUCGUUUUCUUUUCAUGUGUCCUCGAAUGAAAUAUUUGGAAGCGUCAAAAGUUCUGCUCACACAAAUCAUUACGGAACCAGAAUUAAGCGAUGAUUCAUAUUUGAAAAAUAUCUAUCAACAAAUAUUGCAAAUUGAAUUGAAUGGUUCAGGUGAUUAUGUCGAUUUUAAAGGACAACUUCAUGAUUUUUUUCCACGUGCUUACUUACUUUAA